GAGGACGCGAAGGACAAGACGGAGCACGAGAAGGAGUUGACACAGGAAAAGGAGGGGGAGGAGGAGAGGUAGAAAAUAAUGAAAAUGUUCGACCAAAGAUAGAAGAAAAUAGAAGACAAGAGAGGCCUCCUUCACCUCCAAACCCAUUGUUUAUAGCAACUAGUAAUGGAAUAGUAGAGAUUGCUAAAGAGAUACUUGCUAAAUUUCCUCAGGCAAUUGAGCUUGUUAAUGAUGAGGGGCAGAACAUAUUGCAUGUGGCCGUGAUGCAUCGACGGCGGGAGAUUUUCCGUCUUGUGAAGAAAAAGAACAUAGUAGUGACCAGGAUGAGUUCGAGCGUAGAUAAUAAUGGCUUCACAUUGUUGCACCAAGUUGCACACGUGAAGCACUACAGCGGAGGAGCCAAGCCCGGCCCUGCUCUCCAGCUACAAGAAGAAAUACAAUGGUUCAAGCGAGUGCAGAGGGUAGUUCCACCUUCUCUGUCCGAGCAGCGGGUACAGUGGGUGCUUCCGAAUGACAAGAAUUACAAACUCAUGACUGCAUUCGAGCUCUUCCAAGAGGAGCAUAAAGGUCAACUCAAGUUGGCGCAAGAUUGGAUCGAGAAAACCUCUCAGUCAUGCUCAGCAGUAGCCGUUCUUUUGGCCACCGUUGUCUUUGCUGCCGCUUACACUAUACCUGGAGGUUCUGACGAUCGUGGCUUUCCCAUUUUCCUUUUGAUGACAACCAUGCUUGCUUUUUCUUGCACUCUUCUUUUAGUCAUUCGCUUGAAGAAGCAAUGGACCACAGGUCUGAUGUCCAUUGCUGCUUUCCUUCCCGUGUCAGUAUUUGCAGUAAUGCAGUUCCCUUUAUAUGUCGCCUUUAUGACUACUAUAAAGGACUUCUAUAAGGAAGUCGUGAAGUCUCUACCUUAUAUCCACCUCCCUUUCCGCUCCCGUUUCAGGCAAGGGAAGUGUGGUGUCACCGCAAAAACGAACACUACAUCUGCUGCUGCUGCUGUUUUGGCUACUCUGCUGCUACGCAAACCUUCUGCCAUUGUAAUUUGGAAGCUGUUGUUACGUGGAGAUUCAAGCUGCUACUGCUGUGAGGAAGCUGCAUCUUUGCUGCUGCUGUUGCUCUGGUCUGAUUUGCUGGAAUGGGACCUACUGCACUGCUGGGAUGUCUGA